AUGUUUAACUGCAGAUACGAUUUCUGGUCAUUUUAUACAGACAAUUCGGAUACUGCAGAUGGUUCUCCUCGAAAGAGACGACGGUCGUCUUCUCCUUCCGGUUCAGACCCUAAAAGAAAAAAAUCGACAGCAGCUCCAGUCAAGGCUGGCAGACCAUCAAUUGACGAGUUAGAAGAUCUGUCUCUGGAACUUGGAGGAAAAUGGGAGGAAUUAGGAGGACGCCUGAGAUUUAACCAAGCCGCAAUAACUGGCUUUGAUGAAGAUAAUAGAGGGCUGAAAAAGAAGGCUUUUAAAAUGUUAAUGGCUUGGAAACAAAGGGAAGGCUCAAAUGCCACUUAUAAAGUUUUGUGCGAUGCCUUGUGCGACAAAAAGGUCCAAUGCACACUUCUUGCUGAACAGUUUUGUUGUGGCUUCUUUCAGAUUAUGUCAAGGUUAGAAUCAAGUGACCUCUGCGCAAGUGUACCUGCAUCAGCAGGGAGCCCGGGAAUAGAGCGUUCAGAGGUUAUCACUGCCAUGGACAACAAAGGAAGAAUUAGAGACAACAUCGGUGUGGACUGGAAGCCACUUGGAAGACGUUUAAAGUUUAAGGAACCAGAACUGGACGCUUUUGACGAAAACCAUAAGGAAUUCACCGAAAAGCCAUAUCAAAUGUUGCUUCACUGGAAAAGAAGAGAGGGUGAAAAAGCAACCUAUCUUGUCUUACAUGACGCCCUAUGUCAUGACUUGGUAACCCGUAAGGAUCUGGCGAACGAAAUAUGCUGUCAAUGAAUGACUUUUCAGUAGUUACUGAUGCGAAUACGUUUUUUGAAAUAAGGACAAAACGAUCAACAGUUGUUGGCUUUAAUAAUGAGUUACUCUUUCAAAGGUAAUGGCAUUUAUACACCAGUUUUCCCCAUUAGAUUUUUAAGGCUUUAUGCCAGAUGGAUGAUCAGCUGGAAUCUCAUGUUUAGUUUUCUUGGUCAUACGUUGUUUUUAUUUUCGUUGCAUUUUAAAUCGUGUAUAUUAAUCUAUCAAGAAGCUUUUUACAAAUUAUAACUCCCCUGAAAAAUCCCUGCCUUCAAUUAACACUGAUGAUAAUGCUAAUGAGAUUGCUCGUACUAUAAUUGCGAUUUUACUCCAUUACCUCCCUAUAAUGAUGUAGUCAAAACAAUAAUAGCUCUUUAGUAUACAACACAAACCCAUGCUGAGUGGACACUACGUGUUUACAUUAGGGAGCUCUCUGCCUUCCGAGGACUUCUUCACCGUAAAAAAAUUGACGCGAUCAUUAUAGAAGGUUACAAUGCUAAUAAUCGUUAUAGGUUAUAAUGCUUAUAACCUAUGCCUAUCUACUACAAAGCGAAUCCAAAGUAAGGGAACCUCCCUGGUGAUAAACAAUGACCGGUUGCCUACUAAACCUAAGAAUGAUUGACUUGAAUAGGAUAACCUCUGAGAAUAGAAAAAAAUUCUUGCUGAACAUAAAACUCUGUUUUCAUAGUACCACACGAGCAGCGAUAGGUUAAGAAAACAUGAAAAGUAAAUAAACAAAACCAAACAUUAUAAG